AUGGUAGGAAAUAAUGAAAUGACUACAAAACGAAAGUCCUUUAAUGGUUGUUGGACUUGUCGAUCUCGUAAGGUUAAGUGUGAUCUUAAUCGACCUAAAUGUCAACGAUGUGACCGAUUAGGUAUAAUAUGUGAAGGUUAUAGCGUUAAAUUGCAUUGGUCUAAACCUGUAAAAUUUGAUAAAUUUGGUGAUUUUGUUGAUUCUAGACCUCGCAACCAUACUUCCGAUGUCGAUUUGAAUUCGCUUGGUUCACAAAGAAGAAAUAUUCCUUUUGUUCGUUAUGAUGAAACAAAUUUGUCCAGACAAAAAAUCGAGAAAGAUUUAUUAUUAAUUGAAGUUACAACAUCUGAAAAACUCAAUGAAGAUUUACCCUAUUUGGUAGAGAGGUUUGGUGUCUUUAAAAAAUCUUUUGAAAGACACUCUAAAGAAGCUCCCUCCACCAUCGAUGAGCGAUAUACUCAAGUUAAGGAUAAUACCAUAGAUAAUGUUAACCGCAACAAGGUUCAAGUAACACAGGAAACACAGGAAACACAAGAAACCCAGGAAACACAAGUAACAAAGGAAACACAAGUAACACAGGAAGUACCAGUAAUACAGGAAAUACAAGAAGCACAAGACAAGGAAAUUACCGAAUACCCUAGUACAGAAUAUACGACUAAUCAUUAUGGGUUAUUUGAUAUUGAUACUGAUUUUUUUAAUUCAUAUAAUUUUGAUUGGAUAUCAAGUGAAUUAAGAGAUGAUGCAUUACUAUCAGCAUUUGCUUUACAAGGUGGCCACACUGAAACGGCAUCAAUAAUUAAUUUGGCACACGAAAAUGUGCAAAAUAAUAAUGCUACUAAGGCGAUCUCAUCCCAAUUUGGAAUAGUAGAUCAGAUGAUAAACCACAUAUCAAAUAAUUCCACAAGCCCAAAUAGUAAUGAUACAAAUAUAUUAAAAUUGAACGAUAAACAUUUAAAUAUACCACUAACAUUGCUAUUCAAUAGACAACCUAACCAUGAGACAGCUAACGAACUAGCCAAAAAAGAUGCUGGUACAAAUAUAGAGGAGAUAUCAGGAUAUGGUAUUAUCGAAGAUAACAAAAUUAGUACGAAGAAUGGAUUAAUCGAUUCAAUUGAUAGAAGCCGAGAAGCCCCUAAAACAAUACUAGAAAUAAUCCCUUCAUUUAUAGACAAUAACAAUAUAGAAGAUGUAUCUAGUGAUACAUUUGAAGUUAAAAUCCCAAAUACAAAUUUUGUAAUUCAUGGCCUUACAAGAUUUUUGUUAAACCAUUAUUUCAAUAAUGUGGCUGAUUUAAUGAUAGUAGUGACAGUUUCGAAAAAUCCAUGGAAGACGUUAUUCUUUUCACGAGUGUUGAAUGCUUUAGGUGACCUAGCUGGUUUAGGACAUACAUCCAAUUCCCGAAAUUCAUUAUUGAACGCAAUUUUGGCUGUCUCCUGUUUCAAUCUUAUAAACAAGUUUUGUAAAGGUUCUAAACCACAGAGAUUUUUUCUAAAACUAGGCAUAGAAUUUAGAACUCAGGCUUGUAAUUUCUUAAAAGUCUGCUUGAGUUCAACAGCGAAGAGAGAAAGAUAUAAGGAUGUUUUAAUAGCGAUAAUUUGCAUGUGCUCAAUCGAUGUAGUUUGGGGGACAAUGUCUGAAUGUCACUAUCAUUUAGAGAUAUGUGAAAAAUUUAUAAAAUCUAGAAUGGAAAAAAGAGCAAAACUUUCAGAGAAAGCCAAGACGUUACAUAGGAUUUUUUCCUUCUUAAAAUUGAUACAGGAUAGCACAUCACUAGGACAAAUAUCUGACGAAGAAAUUGUGAUAGGUAGUAAAACGAAACAAGCUAGUUCUGGAUCUGAUAUGGAAAAUAUUGACUCAAAUAUACAGAAACCAAGUAAUGAUGAUUAUGAUUAUGAAAAGUCUAGCUUCAAGAAUGGACUGUAUAAAGAAGCAGUUAACAGAGAAGAUGGGAAGAUUAACAUUGAAUUUAUAUUACACUCAGAGGUAAACAAUAUUAAUGAAGAAAAUAGUAAUACAACCAGCUUGGAAGUGAAACCUCCAAUGUUCACAAGCAUAGUCGCCGAUAGUUAUUAUUAUUCAGAUGGGAAACCCCUGGAAGCAGAAACUUUAGGGACUGAUGCGUUAUAUGGGAUGCCAAAUUCAUUGAUUUUAUUAUUUUCUGAUUGUAUUAGAAUAGUACGACAUAAUGAAUAUUAUAAAAUUAAAGAACUUCCUAUACCAAGAGAAUUUAACGACCUUACAUUAAGCUUUGAGAAACGUUUAAUGCGAUGGAAACCAGAGUGGAAUUUUUAUAUCGACAAAGAUAAAAAAUUAUUUAUUAAUAAUACCAUCGCGGGUGUAUACCACCACACAAUGAGCUUCUACUUUAGCUUGAUUAUAUACUAUUUUACAAUGGCUCGUGACUUAAAUAUUGAAUUUCUUCAAGGAUAUGUACUCAAAGUUCUAGAACAUUUAAAGUCGUUGCGAAAACUUGCUGAGAAUAAAAAUGUUAAAGUUCUUCCAUUAAUUUGGCAAGGCUUUAUAGCAGGCUGUGCUAGUAAUUCUAUUGAAAUUCAGGAAGAAUUUAGAGAGUGGGCUGCAAAACUUGCUGAGUAUGGGAUGGGCUCAUAUUGGGGUGCUAGACAGGUUAUGUUCGAGGUAUGGAAACGUCGUAGAAUCGGAAAAACAGGUGAUAAUUGGAAUGUUGUUUACAAAGAAUGGAAUAUGAAUUUAAUGCUUUUCUAA